AUGAUGCCCCAGAAGAAAAAGCGGAGGAAGAAGGACAUCGACUUCCUGGCCCUGUACGAAGCAGAGCUGCUGAACUACGCCUCGGAGGACGACGAGGGGGAGCUGCAACACGAGUACUACAAGGCCAAAGUGUACGAAGUGGUCACAGCCACGGGGGAUGUUCGCGGUGCAGGGACGGAUGCCAAUGUCUUCAUCACGCUUUUUGGAGAGAAUGGGCUCUCUCCCAAGCUCCAGCUCACCAGCAAGAGCGAGUCUGCCUUUGAGAAGGGCAACGUCGAUGUGUUCCGGGUGAGAACCAACAAUGUGGGCCUCAUCUACAAAGUCAGGAUUGAGCAUGACAACACGGGCUUGAAUGCCAGCUGGUACCUGGACAAUGUGAUCGUGACCGAUAUGAAGAGGCCUCAUCUCCGAUACUACUUCAACUGCAACAACUGGCUGAGCAAGGUGGAAGGUGACCGCCAGUGGUGCCGUGACCUGCUGGCCAGCUUCAACCCCAUGGACAUGCCAAGAGGUAAUAAGUAUGAAGUCAAGGUGUACACUGGUGAUAUAAUUGGUGCAGGGACAGAUGCUGAUGUCUUCAUCAAUAUUUUUGGAGAGUACGGAGACACAGGGGAGCGUAGGCUAGAAAAUGAAAAGGACAACUUUGAAAAGGGAGCUGAAGACAGGUUCAUCCUGGAUGCCCCAGAUUUGGGGCAACUGAUGAAGAUCAAUGUUGGCCACAACAAUAAGGGGGGAUCUGCAGGUUGGUUCCUGUCCAAGAUUGUCAUUGAAGAUAUUGGGAACAAAAGAAAAUAUGACUUCCCCCUUAACCGCUGGCUGGCCUUGGACGAAGACGAUGGCAAAAUCCAAAGGGAUAUCUUAGUGGGCGGAGCUGAGACCACAGCUAUUACGUAUAUUGUCACCGUCUUCACUGGGGAUGUCCGGGGGGCUGGUACCAAAUCCAAAAUCUACUUGGUCAUGUAUGGGGCCAGAGGGAAUAAGAACAGUGGGAAAAUCUUCCUGGAAGGCGGCGUGUUUGACCGAGGCCGCACGGACAUCUUCCACAUCGAGCUGGCUGUCCUCCUUAGCCCCCUGAGUCGGGUCUCCAUCGGGCAUGGCAAUGUGGGUGUCAACAGAGGCUGGUACUGUGAGAAGGUGGUAAUUCUGUGCCCCUUCACGGGCAUCCAGCAGACCUUCCCUUGCAGCAACUGGCUGGAUGAGAAGAGAGCGGAUGGGCUGAUUGAAAGGCAGCUCUACGAAAUGGUGUCUCUCAGGAAGAAGCGGCUGAAAAAAUUCCCUUGGUCCCUGUGGGUCUGGACAACUGACCUAAAGAAAGCUGGUACCAACUCUCCCAUCUUCAUCCAGAUUUAUGGGCAGAAAGGACGGACAGAUGAGAUUCUCCUGAAUCCCAACAACAAGUGGUUCAAACCUGGCAUAAUUGAGAAGUUUAGGAUUGAGCUCCCGGAUGUUGGCAGGUUUUAUAAGAUUCGAGUAUGGCAUGAUAAAAGGAGUUCUGGUUCUGGAUGGCAUUUAGAAAGGAUGACCCUGAUGAACACUCUGAACAAGGACAAGUAUAACUUUAAUUGCAACCGCUGGCUGGAUGCCAAUGAGGAUGACAAUGAGAUAGUGAGGGAAAUGACUGCAGAAGGCCCAACAGUGCACAGGAUCAUGGGCAUGGCCCGGUACCGUGUGACUGUAUGCACAGGUGAACUUGAAGGUGCUGGGACCGAUGCCAACGUCUAUCUCUGCCUUUUUGGUGACGUGGGGGACACAGGGGAACGGCUGCUCUACAACUGCAGGAAUAACACAGACCUGUUUGAAAAGGGCAAUGCUGACGAGUUUACUAUUGAGUCCGUCACCAUGCGGAAUGUGAGGCGGGUGAGGAUCAGACACGAUGGCAAAGGCUCUGGCAGUGGCUGGUACCUGGACAGAGUGCUGGUGAGAGAGGAAGGGCAGCCUGAGAGCGACAACGUGGAGUUCCCCUGUCUCAGGUGGUUGGACAAGGAUAAGGACGAUGGGCAGCUGGUCCGAGAGUUGCUACCCAGUGACAGCAAUGCGACACUGAAGAACUUUCGCUAUCACAUCAGCUUGAAGACUGGGGAUGUCUCUGGGGCCAGCACGGAUUCUAGAGUCUACAUCAAGCUCUAUGGGGAUAAGUCUGACACCAUCAAGCAAGUCCUUCUUGUCUCGGACAACAACCUCAAAGACUACUUUGAACGUGGCCGGGUGGACGAGUUCACCCUCGAGACCCUGAACAUUGGAACUAUCAACCGGCUGGUGAUUGGGCACGAUAGCACCGGCAUGCAUGCCAGCUGGUUCCUGGGCAGCGUUCAGAUCCGUGUGCCCCGUCAAGGCAAGCAGUACACCUUUCCCGCCAACCGCUGGCUGGACAAGAACCAGGCUGAUGGGCGUCUGGAGGUGGAGCUGUAUCCCAGCGAGGUGGUGGAGAUCCAGAAAUUGGUCCACUAUGAGGUUGAGAUUUGGACAGGAGACGUGGGUGGCGCAGGCACCAGUGCCCGAGUCUACAUGCAGAUCUAUGGAGAGAAAGGCAAGACAGAAGUGCUCUUCCUCUCGAGCCGCUCAAAAGUUUUUGAACGGGCAUCCAAGGACACAUUCCAGCUGGAGGCGGCCGACGUGGGCGAGGUCUACAAGCUCCGCCUCGGGCACACAGGCGAGGGCUUCGGGCCCAGCUGGUUCGUGGACACCGUGUGGCUGCGGCACCUGGUGGUGCGGGAGGUGGACCUCACGCCAGAGGAGGAGGCCCGGAAGAAGAAGGAGAAGGACAAGCUGCGGCAGCUGCUCAAGAAGGAGCGGCUGAAGGCUAAGCUGCAGAGGAAGAAGAAGAGGAAGGGCAGCGAUGAAGAGGAGGAGGGGGAGAAGGAGGAGUCGUCCUCAUCAGAGGAGUCCUCAUCAGAGGAGGAGGAGGAGACCGAAGAAGAGGAGGAAGAGGAGGAGUUUGGGCCGGGCAUGCAGGAGGUGAUUGAGCAGCACAAGUUCGAAGCCCACCGCUGGCUGGCCCGGGGCAAGGAGGACAACGAACUUGUCGUGGAGUUGGUGCCAGCUGGCAAGCCGGGUCCUGAGCCAAACGUCUAUGAGGUCCAGGUGAUCACGGGGAAUGUGCCCAAGGCUGGCACUGAUGCCAACGUCUACCUGACUAUCUACGGCGAGGAGUAUGGGGACACAGGUGAACGACCCCUGAAGAAGUCAGACAAGUCCAACAAAUUUGAGCAGGGGCAGACAGACACCUUCACCAUCUAUGCCAUUGACCUGGGGGCCCUGACCAAGAUUCGGAUUCGCCACGACAACACAGGCAACAGAGCAGGCUGGUUCCUGGACAGAAUAGACAUUACUGACAUGAACAACGAGAUCACGUACUACUUUCCAUGCCAACGUUGGCUGGCAGUGGAGGAGGAUGAUGGUCAGCUGUCCAGGGAGCUGUUGCCAGUGGAUGAGUCCUAUGUGCUGCCACAGAGCGAGGAGGGUGGGGGAGGCGGUGACAACAACCCUCUCGACAACCUGGCCCUGGAGCAGAAAGAUAAAUCUACCACAUUCUCAGUGACGAUAAAGACUGGGGUUAAGAAGAAUGCAGGCACAGAUGCUAAUGUCUUCAUCACACUCUUUGGCACACAAGAUGACACUGGAAUGACCCUCCUGAAGUCCUCCAAGACAAACAGCAAUAAGUUUGAGAGGGACAGCAUUGAAAUCUUCACGGUGGAGACGCUGGAUCUGGGAGACCUGUGGAAAGUUCGGCUUGGCCAUGACAACACAGGCAAGGCCCCAGGCUGGUUUGUAGACUGGGUAGAGGUGGAUGCCCCAUCUCUUGGAAAGUGCAUGAUGUUUCCCUGUGGCCGCUGGCUGGCCAAAAAUGAAGACGACGGGUCCAUCAUCAGAGACCUCUUCCACACAGAGCUUCAGACGAGGCUGUACACGCCAUUUGUUCCUUACGAGAUCACCCUCUACACCAGUGAUGUCUUUGCUGCUGGGACAGAUGCCAACAUCUUCAUCAUCAUCUAUGGCUGCGAUGCCAUGUGCACCCAGCAGAAGUAUCUGUGCACCAACAAGAGGGAACAGAAGCAGUUCUUUGAGAGGAAGUCUGCCUCACGCUUCAUUGUGGAGUUAGAAGAUGUGGGAGAAAUCAUUGAAAAAAUUCGGAUUGGCCAUAAUAACACAGGCAUGAAUCCUGGGUGGCACUGCUCUCACGUGGACAUCCGCAGGCUCCUCCCAGAUAAAGAUGGUGCAGAGACCUUGACUUUCCCAUGUGAUCGGUGGCUUGCCACCUCUGAGGACGACAAAAAGACCAUUCGAGAACUGGUUCCGUAUGACAUCUUCACUGAGAAAUACAUGAAAGAUGGGUCCUUACGGCAAGUCUACAAGGAAGUAGAAGAGCCUCUGGACAUUGUGCUGUACUCGGUGCAGAUCUUCACAGGGAACAUUCCCGGGGCAGGGACGGACGCCAAGGUGUACAUCACCAUCUAUGGAGACCUCGGGGACACCGGGGAGCGAUACCUUGGCAAGUCAGAGAACCGGACCAACAAGUUCGAGAGAGGAACGGCUGACACUUUCAUCAUUGAGGCUGCUGACCUAGGCGUCAUCUACAAGAUCAAGCUCCGCCACGACAACUCCAAGUGGUGCGCAGACUGGUACGUGGAGAAGGUGGAGAUCUGGAAUGACACCAAUGAGGACGAGUUCCUGUUCCUGUGCGGGCGCUGGCUGUCCCUGAAGAAGGAGGAUGGGCGACUCGAGAGGCUCUUUUACGAGAAGGAGUACACUGGGGACCGCAGCAGCAACUGCAGCAGCCCUGCUGACUUCUGGGAGAUCGCCCUGAGCUCCAAGAUGGCCGAUGUUGACAUCAACACAGUGACCGGGCCCAUGGCUGACUACAUUCAGGAGGGCCCAAUUAUUCCCUACUAUGUGUCGGUCACCACUGGGAAGCACAAGGAUGCAGCCACUGACAGCCGAGCCUUCAUCUUCCUCAUCGGAGAGGAUGAUGAACGUAGUAAGCGCAUCUGGUUGGACUACCCCCGAGGGAAGAGGGGCUUCAGCCGUGGCUCUGUGGAGGAGUUCUACGUUGCAGGCUUGGAUGUGGGCGUCAUCAAGAAAAUAGAGGUUCUCUAUGAAAUGACGGUGUGGACAGGGGAUGUGGUUGGUGGGGGCACUGACUCCAACAUCUUCAUGACCCUCUAUGGCAUCAACGGGAGCACGGAGGAGAUGCAGCUGGACAAAAAGAAAGCCAGGUUUGAGCGGGAGCAGAAUGACACCUUCAUCAUGGAGAUCCUAGACAUUGCUCCAUUCACCAAGAUGCGGAUCAGGAUUGAUGGCUUGGGCAGCCGGCCAGAGUGGUUCCUGGAGAGGAUCCUACUGAAGAACAUGAACACUGGAGACCUGACUAUGUUCUACUAUGGAGACUGGCUGUCCCAGCGGAAGGGGAAGAAGACCCUGGUGUGUGAAAUGUGUGCCGUUAUCAAUGAGGAAGAAAUGAUGGAGUGGACCUCCUACACCGUUGCAGUUAAGACCAGCAACAUCCUGGGAGCAGGCACUGAUGCCAAUGUGUUCAUCAUCAUCUUCGGGGAGAACGGGGACAGUGGGACACUGGCCCUGAAGCAGUCGGCAAACUGGAAUAAGUUUGAGCGGAACAACACGGACACAUUCAACUUCCCCGACAUGCUGAGCUUGGGCCACCUCUGCAAGCUGAGGGUCUGGCACGACAACAAAGGGAUAUUUCCUGGCUGGCAUCUGAGCUAUGUUGAUGUGAAGGACAACUCCCGCGACGAGACAUUCCGCUUCCAAUGCGACUGCUGGCUCUCCAAGAGUGAGGGUGACGGGCAGACGGUCCGCGACUUUGCCUGUGCCAACAACAAGAUCCAUGAUGAGCUGGAAGAGACCACCUACGAGAUCGUCAUAGAAACGGGCAACGGAGGCGAAACCAGGGAGAACGUCUGGCUCAUCCUGGAGGGCAGGAAGAACCGAUCCAAAGAGUUUCUCGUGGAAAAUUCUUCUAGGCAGCGCGCCUUUAGGAAGGGGACCACAGACACAUUUGAGUUUGACAGCGUCUACUUGGGGGACAUUGCCUCCCUCUGCGUGGGCCACCUCGCCAGGGAAGACCGGUUCAUCCCCAAGAGGGAGCUUGUCUGGCAUGUCAAGACCAUCACCAUCACCGAGAUGGAGUAUGGCAAUGUGUACUUCUUUAACUGCGACUGCCUCAUCCCCCUCAAGAGGAAAAGGAAGUACUUCAAGGUAUUCGAAGUUACCAAGACGACAGAGAGCUUUGCCAGCAAGGUCCAGAGCCUGGUGCCCGUCAAGUACGAAGUCAUCGUGACGACAGGCUAUGAGCCAGGGGCAGGCACCGACGCCAACGUCUUCGUGACCAUCUUUGGGGCCAACGGAGACACAGGCAAGCGGGAGCUGAAGCAGAAAAUGCGCAACCUCUUCGAGCGAGGCAGCACAGAUCGCUUCUUCCUGGAGACGCUGGAGCUGGGCGAGCUGCGCAAGGUGCGCCUGGAGCACGACAGCAGCGGCUACUGCUCAGGCUGGCUGGUGGAGAAGGUGGAGGUCACCAACACCAGCACCGGCGUGGCCACCAUCUUCAACUGCGGCAGGUGGCUGGACAAGAAGCAGGGGGAUGGGCUCACCUGGAGAGACCUCUUCCCUUCUGUCUGAGGGGCUACAGCCCCCACCCUCUCACUGAGAUGCCCCGAUCUCACAUUUCUGCCCUCCAUCUUGAUGGUCAGCAGCCCUCCAAAGCCUCUGGAGUUGGCACUGGGGGCCAGCAGGCCGCUGAGAACUUCAUGGGGUCCUGCUCCCCACCCUACCCCCAGUUUAUUGAACCUACAGUGAUCAUAAUUAGCUUGUGUCAUAAUCUGUGGCAGCCCAAAAAU